CUUUGGCUUGGAUUAAAAUGAUUGGUUGCAGUCAUCAGUGUUUACAAGACAAGGAAGUGUCAAAAGGGAGAAAUAUUUUUGACUUUAGGCUGAGACUUCAGUUGGUACUGAUCCCCCCCAGACUGACACAGCAGUACAGAGGCGAGCUGGUCCGAGCAGACAAAAUGAAGAUCAUUCUCCUGACAUCCAUCAUCUUCACUGUAGCUCCUGUUUAUGGGGUGCAAGGAGUCUUUUCUAAAGGCAACCACAGGACCAGCCACUUGGCAGCCUCUGGCCUUCAGCCCUGUGAGGAAAAGAGCGACAUAGGUAGAUAUGACACAUUUGUCAAGAGACACAUCCUGAAAGGGUCCUUUGACAGAAACUCUCUGGAGGAAUGGCAGAGAUACUUGAAAGCCAACGGUCUCUGUGGCAGAACUCGAGUGCAGUCCUUCAUUGAGGCUAAUGAACGAGAUGUCCAGCGGAUCUGUAGUCCUGAUGGCCGGCAUGUGCAAGUUCCUGGUUCUGGGAGGGCAGGAUGGCAGGAUGGCACAAGCAACUGCAUAAAAGAGACAACUUUCUCCUGUUCAGUACCUCAGACUGACACUCAGAAGGAAGAAGAGAAGAUAAUUCUGCAACAGGUCAUCAUCUUUGACAUCUGCAUCAACUUCACCAUGAAGAUGCUAGCUGUGUCUGUACUUGUUGUUGCCAUGAUGGCUCUGACUCAUGGUGUUGAUGCAGAGAGUAGAAAUGGAACAGAUACAUCUAUAAAUGGAAAACAUGUUGUCAAGAGAGCCACUUGUCCCAGUGGUUGGUCUGCAUGUGGAGGACGCUGUUUCCGCUUCUUUCCAACAGCCAGGACUUGGUCUGAAGCAGAGAAAUGCUGUCUGAUGCUGGGUGCAAACCUAGCCUCUGUGCACAGCAGCGGUGACGAUAGUUGGAUUAGGUAUACGGUAGGAAACAAUGGAAAAGCGUGGAUCGGAGGCACUGAUGCACAACAGGAGGGUUAUUGGUUCUGGAGUGAUGGUACACAUCUUGACUAUACGAACUGGUGUAUAGGAGAAUCAAAUAACUAUGAAGGCAAGCAGCACUGUCUACAAGUUAAUCGGCAAGAUAAAAAUUGCUGGGAUGACGUUGAGUGCUCAGACCGUUAUGGAUAUGUCUGUGCCAAGACACCCUAAUGAUUCCUGGACAAACACAGAGGCAUGAAGUAUCUGUCGAAAGCACAGACGGUGGAGGAUGUUUGUUUGUGUCGACUGUAUUUGUGUGCACUCAUCUGUCUUUGUGUCAUAAGCCUCAUACAUAACCUGAAGGCUCUAUAUCUCAAAUCAAAUCUGAAUAUCUUUGCUAUCGCUGUAACGCUACUUAAGGAACGAAGAGACAAGUGACAUAAACAGGAGCUGCUUCUUAGGCCUUGUGCUGUUGAGAACAUUGAAUGGUUAUGAAAAGAAUGGCUUUUGCACAACUUUAUUCUGCAGUCUUUCUUCUAUUAUGCAUAAUUAAUAAUUAAUCAUUAAAAGGCUCAAGCAUUGAAACAA